GGAAGGACGGUCGGCAGCCACAGCAAACUGUUGAGCGUUAUUUUAGUUCUUACACUUAUAUAGUCAGUAUAUUUUAGUACACUUAUGUCUUGUUUAUUUAAAAUACCCUAACCCCCAUCAGUAAACUUCCGCCACACUAAACAUGUCGCCUCCUCUGUUCAAGUGACGUAAUAGACCGUGGCCGUGUGACUGACAGACAAGAUGGCGACGCUCUGCGGAGGCAUGCUGCGGGGUUGUAUUUUGAAGCCACUGGGAUUUUCAGGGAGUCUGCAGCUAAAGCGGAAUGUUCGAGCCCUGCGGCGGACUCCGGUGCGGGUAAUACAGGCGGCUGAGAAGAGCCCGGGGCGUAAGGAGGUGGAAUCAAGCCGGCCGAAGCAGCCUAGGCAGAGUGAGCACCGGGCAUGUACAGUACAGGGGGUCAACCCGGCUGCCGUAGAAAUUGAGACUCCUGCGCCAGAGUUCAGAUACGAGAGAGCGUCACCUGGUGAUAAGAGACUGAGCAAAGUUGUUACAAUUGCCAAGUCCAAGAAAUUUCGUGAUCGCCAUGGGCAGGUAUUGCUAGAAGGACGGAGACUGCUUCUGGAUGCACUGGAGUCCGGUGCCAUUCUGCAGACACUGUUCUUCAGCAGAGUUGACUAUUUGAAGGAGUUUCCACCUGAUAAACUAAAGAAAGCAAACCUUGUCAAAGUAAACUUUGAGAAUAUUAAGAUCUGGUCAGAUCUGGUUACGCCACAGGGACUUAUGGGAAUUUUUGCAAAGCCAGAUCAUGAAAAGAUGAGUUAUCCAGCUACCCAGACGAAGCAUACGUUACCUCUGUCUCUUAUAUGUGACAACAUCCGUGAUCCUGGUAACUUGGGUACCAUUCUGAGAUGUGCUGCAGGGGCUGGCUGCAAUAAAAUAUUACUCACAAAAGGUUGUGUUGAUGCAUGGGAGCCAAAGGUAUUGAGAGCUGGAAUGGGAGCUCACUUCCGACUGCCAGUAAUCACAAGCCUGGACUGGGAUAUUGUGCCCAAUUACCUGUCUGCAGGUACAAAAGUGUUCCUGGCUGAUAACUUCAGGCCUGAUACACAGCAGAAAACAGACGUUUCUGAGAAAGCAAGUGACUAUGGUUGGGUAUCAACCGAUCCUAGGAAGAUAUUUAUCGCUGAAGAAGGCUAUGAAAGCUCUAGUGAUGAAGAGGACAACAGAGAAAAACUUUAUAUCCCUGGUCUAGAAAUGCAGAGUUAUUAUGAACGUUGGGCUCAGGGCCCUUGUGCAAUUGUAAUUGGAGGAGAGACUCAUGGUUUGAGUAUAGAAUCCUUGUUACUAGCUGACAAAUCUAAUGGCAAAAGACUCUACAUUUCAGUUGUACCUGGUAUAGACAGCCUAAACUCUGCUAUGGCUGCCAGUAUCCUACUGUUUGAAGGGAAAAGGCAAAUUGAGAAUACAAUGAAGAAAAAGUCCUAGAAAGCCAUUUUCGAAUGAAUUAACUUGGCCUCAGGGAGAUGCUGGGUACCCUGCCUACUUGUUAAAGGGGAAGUUCAUCUUUACAUUAAAUUUGGUAGGUUAUAGA